CCCGAAUCGGCAUCAGUCUCACGAGCUCUCCAGUCUGACAAUCUAACCCAUCAACAUGUUCAAGAUCCUGCUUGUCUGCGCACUUGUCGCCAUGGUGGCCGCCAACGAGAAUAUUGCGGUCAUUGAGCAGGUCAGCGAUGUCCAAGCCGAUGGCUUUUCGAACAAGCUGGUCCUGGACAACGGCUCUGCCUCUUCCGCUUCCGGAGAUGUCCACGGAAACAUCGAGGGAGUCUUCGAGUGGAUCUCCCCCGAGGGCGAGCACGUUCGUGUGAGCUACAAGGCCGACGAGAACGGUUACCAGCCCCAGAGCGACCUCCUGCCCACUCCUCCUCCAGUCCCAGAGGCUAUUCUGAAGGCCCUCGCCUACAUCCAGGCUCAUCCCAGCAAGGAAUAAGCAAUCGACACGACCAGGACUCAAUU